AUGGAAGCUACAUCGGAUGGAGAAACCAUCAUAGAUGAUUUAGUCAUUGGUGAUGUUCACUCCAUGGAAAAGUUAACCCAUCUACAAAAGCCUACCAUCAAGAAAUCCAGAAAGGUUAAAGAAAAACAGAAUGACAGAAUCUUUAUGAAAAAAAGUAAAAAGUAUAAAAAGAGAGACAUCAGCAGCAAUGCUCAGAACAAUGAUAGCAUCCCCAAAGAUGAAUGUGCUGAAGAAUUGCAUCAAGAAAUUUCAAAAAAGAAGGACCAGGAUCCAGAAGAUCCAGACCAAGAUCCAGCAGAUCUAAACCAAGAAAAGAAGGACCAGGAUCCAGAAGAUCCAGACCAAGAUCCAGCAGAUCUAAACCAAGCACAGAGAAGCAGUCAAAAUGGCAAGAAUGACGAGGAUAAAGAAAAUUCAGGAAAAGAAAAAGGGAAAGCCUAUAGAACAAACUCUGAACCAAGAGAGGGAAAGUCAUUCAGUGGAAACAAGUACAAAGGAGAGACCAAGUCGGAAAAGAAAAGUUGA